CCUCCCCUUUCUGAAGUGCCCUCUCUUUCCCUGACUGUUGGUGUGGAAGAAUCUCCCAACAUUAAAGUACACAAAAUGUUCAACUUCGGAUCCAAAAUCGUGCUCCUUUUGCUCCUGGCCUUCCCAUGUGGAUUAAUAUCCAUCGGCCAGGUUUCUGCUGAGUCGGAGUCUGCUGAGGACAUUGGACAUGAUGCCACAGUUGACGAGGAGGAUGAGGAAGAGGAGGAAGAGGUCCUUGUUGAGGAAGACCAAAUAAUACACCAGGAACAGGACAGUGAUGCAGAGGAAGACUCUGAAUCUGCUGAUGUUACUUCCCAUCCUGACGCUGACACAACCAUCGUCUUUGUGACUGGAGAGGAGUUCCCAUCCGAUGAAAUCGUGAAGUUCCUGGUAGGAUUCACGAACAAGGGCAACCAGGAGUUCACGGUCCAGUCCCUGGAGGCUUCCUUCCGCUACCCCCAAGACUUCCAGUUCUACAUCCAGAACUUCACAGCGCUACAGCUGAACACUGUGGUGCCAGCCCAGAAACAGGCCUCCUUUGAAUAUUCCUUCAUCCCAGCUCAACCCAUGGCCGGCCGGCCUUUUGGCCUUGUUAUUCUCCUCAACUACAUGGACACAGAAGGCAAAGCCUUCCAGACCGCCAUCUAUAACCAGACGGUCACCAUCACAGAGCUAGAGGAGGGGCUGGAUGGAGAAACAAUGUUCAUGUACAUCUUCCUGACUGGACUGGUGGCUCUCAUGCUGUUCGGCAUGUACCAGGUUCUGGACUCUAGGACGAAGAGGAGAAUUACGAUGAAGAUAGAGAAGGGCACUGGCAACAUGAACGACGUGGACAUCAGCUGGAUCCCGAAGGAAACCCUCGAUGCCAUGAACAGAGCAUCCCCGAAGACAUCGCCACGGAAACGAACCAAGAGAGCAGCUGGGACCGAUCAAUAGUUUCCCGCUGUCAUUCCCUGCCAUGAGCGACUUCCAACGCCAAUUUCUUCAUCAGCCACAGUAACUGACUCUGAAUAACCACUGCUCUGCAGCCCUGGAGUGCACAGCUUCCCGUCCCAGCAGUAUGCCUGACCAACCCCUUACAUCUGUCCUAAUGCUGCCUUCACCUGCCAGGGGUUUGGGCCUUAAAGAGCAUCACCAGGACCUUCACCAUCAUGUAUUGAAAAAAUAUGUGAACAAUAGUCUGUACUGCAUCAAUUUGAAAAAUAGCACACACCAGAUGUACGUGCAUUAAGUGUGCGUUAGAGACAUCUCUUUUCUAUAUGUAAAAAAAGCUCGAAAAUAAUUCAAGCUGCUUUCCAAGUAUUUACUGUAUGUGAUGGGUUUGAUAUUGGUAUUGGAUUUGUGUAUUGGUUGUCGGUUUUCCAUCAUUCCUGUUUAACCUUGAAUGGUUUGGAUGCAGUUUAAUUUUAUUUCCAUCAGUUCAACUCAUUUCUUCUAGGUACAACAAAUAAGAGCAAAGCCUUAUCAGGAAACAGAUUUUUGUUUUUGUGUGCCUAUUUCUCAUGAGGCUUUGAAAAGUAUUAAGUAUUUUAAGCUUUUGUUAAAAAAUGUGUGCCAUGUUGUCAAGCUGCAUCACAGGACAAAUAAAGGGCUGAACAAAAUC